AUGCUCCUACUCCUUCUCUUUCUACUCCAAAUAGCGCCAACUCUUCAGGAACCCAGAAAUCUUCUUCAAGAGUUUCUGAAAAGGUAGGUGCUCUUUGAACGGUGCGGGAUAUCGGAGUGUCGUAGUAAUCGAUCGAUAUUUGAGUCACGUCGACUUUUCCAUUCAUCCAUGUGACGACUUCUAUUCGCACGUGUGUCCGGCCACCAAACAGCGGGAUUUCGUGACGAGCCUCGGGAAUAUAAAGAAGGCAUUGAUUGCGGAAAACCAGAAAUUCUACUUUGGAAAUGAGGAUGUUGUAAGUUCGGGAAAUAGUAUGUACUUUUCCUGCAAAUCUCGAAAAACUCUUUCAGAAUAUGACAAAAAGCAAAGAACGCGCGAGUCUAUUGGAUGAGUUUAUGGAUUCGAAGGAGGCGAUAAACUUGUACCUGACCCGGAUUUUUAAUAUUAACAGAAAAUGUUUUAGCAACCAAUCCCAUCCGGAUCUUCACCAGAAACUAGUUGACUUGUUCCCUAUGACCAUUGAUUUUGCCUCUGGAUUUCAUUUGAAACGGUCCAAAGAUCGAUAUGUGAGUAUUUUCUCAGAUUUUAGUUAAAGAAAGUCCUAACAGCUCCCUUAUCUUUGAUGGCCAAUAUCUCAAGAACCAAUAGAUGUUUCAAAAAAUUGUUAACUGAAAAGUUGUAGCAAAUUUUGUGCCAAAUAGCUUUGUAGGAACAUUUCCUACCAACAUUUUUAGUUUUCGAGUUAUGACCUUAAUACCAAACAGUAUUCCUUUUGAGUUCUCUGAUAAGUUUUUCCUUUAGUUGAACCUUCGCAACAUGUACAUUGGUCUUUGGUUGGAGACAAUUUCGAACAUUGAAAUGCCCGUUGCCGAUCGGGAAAUCCGGGUGCUGUAUGAUGAAUUGAAAGGAGCGGUCCGCGACGAGUUUAUGGUCAGUAUACUGCGGGUUCAGGGUUCAAAUAUCUACGUUUGACAACUAUUGUGCGGCUGGUGUAUUUCCUCAAGAAGUAAAUGUUUAUAGUAUAAUUUAUGAAUUUCCUAGAACACCCCGUGGCUCAUCAACAAGAAUGGUUCCCUCGAGAAGUUUGUGAAAGCUCUAGACGCCCUGCCGCUGAAGACUGUGGCGGAUUUUCAAGAGUUCAGCCUCGAGACAAUGGUCUUUUUUACACGGGGUAUUCAGGAUAUUCGGGCCAGGUAGAGGAAGUGAGGUGUGACUGCAAAAUAUGAAAAUUGUCAACUUUCAGUUUGACCCUACCUGACGUACAUGCAAAUGUUCUCGAAGCAAUCCAUGAGGCUAUCGUUCUAUCGGAUCUUUUGGAAUAUUUCAAAGAAAAGCAGUACGAGAUACUGCCAGAGCUCGGGAAUUUGAAGAGCAAAAUGGAGUUUAUCGGAGGAUUCGGAUCCGAAAUCGCUUUCAACUACAUUCUGUUAACCGGCGUGACAACUCCUGUUCUCCUGGCCUACAAAACUGAUUUCAAGUCGGAUUUGGUCAGUCACUUCAAUUUGUUGAACAGUUGAAAACUUUAUGCUAUCUUUACCGGAGAUUUAUGUCACUUUUUACAGUACGGCGGAGUCGGCACAACUCUAAUCCACGAGAUCAUGCACACUUUUGUGUUCGGCCGCAACGACCCCUCGCCGCUUCGAGUCUGGGGCAGUAAUCGGACGGACUGUGUCAGGUACCAGAUGAAGAAGACGUGCCGCACGUUCCCGACGAGUGUCUGCUCGGACGCCACGUAUACGUUCGAAGAAGACGCCGCCGACCUGGCCGCCUAUCGAAUCGCCUGGAAAAGUUAUGAGAAGACGUUGUCGCGCGAGUCCCGCGAAGUUGAAGAGUAUGAGAGAUUGGACAAGAAACAACUGUUCUUCUACGCGUUUCCGACACUUUUCUGCCAGAAAGUGAGAUUAUAUUCGCGUCGAGUUUGAUUAUCGAUUGAUUCCAGAUGAAUAGCGUUGAAGGCGUCGAGGAUACGCACAGCAGUCACCACCAUCGAAUCAAUUCGCUAAUGUCGCAGAUGAAAGCGUUCAAAGAGGUGUUCCAGUGCAAACCAAACGACCGAAUGAUGCGCAAUCGAUCGAAACACUGUGUGCUUUUCGGGGAACACGCUCCGCAGACUAAGACGCAUGUUGUCGGCGAAUAA